AUGCUCUGCUGGACAAUUCCUCCCCUCAACGCAGCCAAGUGCAAGGCAGAGCCCAAGUCUGUUCAGAAUGUACAGAUCUGUUGUCCCUCUCCCAUGCCCAACUUGGGCGUCUACAACAGUGAGUGCCGCGACUCCGGACAGCAGCCAAGCUGCCGCCUGGCCUGCAUAUUCAAUGCCAGUGCGGCCUUGCAGGGCUUCCGAGUGAGGCUCCCCCGUGUGCGACCCAUGCUGGAGCGAGCCUUCAGCCACCACCCCACCACCGAUGCCUACGCCGCAAACUUUGGCAACUGCUCCUCGUUGGUGUACAGCAAGUACCAGGAGCUGACCGGAGUGAGUCGACAGAGCGAUGCCUGCGACAGACACGCCCUCUUCUACAGCCUGGCUGUGGCAGCGCAACAAUAA